ACCACAGAGGGAGAGCCAGACAGACAGACGGAGGUCUGUUUGAGAUCAAAGGAGGAAUAGACGCUCUCACUGAGAGGCGCAUGGUGAGAAAAUGCCCACCAACUUCACUGUAGUCCCUGUGAAUGAUGGCAGAAAGUCCUCUCAGGAAGAUAUUGAUGACAACAACGUCCUGAGGGAAGAGGAUGAAGAAACUGUAGGUGAUGGAAACCCAAGGGAACACAGUCCGUUCAUCAAUAACACGGAUGAUAUUAAAGGAAGCCUCUACGAUGGGAAAAACAUGGCACUUUUUGAGGAAGAGAUGGACAGCAACCCCAUGGUGUCUUCACUCCUCAACAAGCUGGCAAACUACACAAACCUCACGCAGGGCGUCAGAGAGCACGAGGAGGCUGAUGAAGACGAGGGUGCCAAGAAAAAAACCGUUAAGAGUCCGCAGAUGGGGACGUUUAUCGGCGUGUACUUGCCCUGCCUGCAAAAUAUCCUGGGAGUGAUUCUCUUCUUGCGAAUGACAUGGAUCGUGGGGACCUCAGGAAUCUUAGAGUCCUUUAUCAUUGUGUCCAUGUGCUGUUCAUGUACAAUGUUGACAGCCAUAUCUAUGAGUGCCAUUGCUACAAACGGUGUUGUUCCAGCUGGAGGUUCUUACUACAUGAUCUCCAGGUCUCUGGGUCCAGAGUUUGGAGGUGCUGUGGGUCUGUGUUUCUAUCUGGGCACCACGUUCGCUGGGGCCAUGUACAUCCUCGGUACUAUCGAGAUUCUCUUGACGUACAUCGUGCCCAGCGCUGCCAUCUUUAAAGUGGAAGAGAAGGAGUAUGAAGCGGAUGCCAUGCUCAAUAACAUGCGUGUGUACGGCACAUGUUGUCUCGCGCUCAUGGCUCUGGUGGUGUUUGUGGGAGUGAAAUACGUGAACAAGCUCGCGCUGGUCUUCCUCGCCUGUGUCGUGCUGUCCAUCCUGUCCAUCUACGCUGGUGUCAUCAAAACCAUCUUUGAACCCCCGGUUUUUCCGGUCUGUUUGUUGGGCAACCGCACUCUCCAGAACCACGACUUUGACAAGUGCUUGAAGACAGAAAUAAUAGACAAUGUGACGAUGACAACAAAGCUCUGGUCGCUCUUCUGUAAAGGUCCGGAGCUCAAUGCCAGCUGUAAUGAGUACUUCACCAUUAAUAACGUCACAGAGAUACAGGGCAUUCCUGGCCUUACCAGUGGAGUUAUUUCAGAGAACAUGUGGGGAAGCUACGGGCCUGCUGGGAUGCUGGUGGAGAAGCCUCUGCCAUCAGUAGUGGCUGUCGACAGCUCACAGGACAUGUACAUGCCGUAUGUGGUCAAUGACAUCACCACAUUCUUCACACUACUGGUGGGAAUCUACUUCCCCUCUGUCACAGGUAUCAUGGCUGGAUCCAACAGAUCUGGAGAUCUGAGAGACGCUCAGCGGUCCAUUCCCAUCGGAACCAUUCUCGCCAUAGCCACCACCACCAUCAUCUAUCUUUCCUGCGUCGUGUUGUUUGGAGCCUGCAUCGAGGGUGUGGUGCUCCGAGACAAGUUUGGUGACUCUGUGAAAGGAAAUUUGGUGAUCGGCACGCUGUCCUGGCCUUCCCCGUGGGUGAUCGUGAUUGGCUCUUUCUUCUCCUGCUGUGGGGCGGGGCUUCAGAGUCUCACCGGCGCCCCCCGACUGCUGCAGGCCAUUGCCCGAGACGGCAUAGUGCCCUUCCUUGAGGUGUUUGGUCAUGGUAAAGCCAACGGUGAGCCGACCUGGGCUCUUCUGCUGACCGCUCUGAUCUGUGAGAGUGGAAUUCUUAUCGCCUCGCUUGAUGCUGUCGCUCCAAUCCUCUCAAUGUUCUUUCUGAUGUGUUAUUUGUUUGUGAAUCUGGCGUGUGCACUACAGACACUUCUGAGAACGCCAAACUGGAGACCACGCUUCAAAUACUACCACUGGGCUCUUUCAUUUCUUGGCAUGAGUUUGUGUCUCGCUCUGAUGUUCAUCUCAUCCUGGUAUUAUGCUCUGGUGGCCAUGCUGAUCGCUGGAUGCAUCUACAAAUACAUCGAAUACCGCGGGGCGGAGAAGGAAUGGGGCGACGGGAUCCGUGGUGUGUCCCUCAACGCCGCACGCUUUGCUCUUAUUCGAUUGGAGGAGGCGCCGCCGCACACAAAGAACUGGAGACCUCAGCUGCUGGUUCUGCUCAAUCUGGACUCUGAGCUGUCAGUCAGACACCCUCGUCUGCUGUCCUUCACAACACAGCUGAAAGCAGGAAAAGGUCUGACCAUCGUGGGCUCAGUUCUGGAGGGCACGUACCUGACUAAAGAGGCAGAGGCCAAGAGAGCAGAACAGAACAUCAAAUCAGCGAUGACUGCAGAGAAGACGAAAGGCUUUUGUCACGUUGUGGUGUCGUCAAACCUGCGUGACGGCAUCUCUCACCUCGUCCAAUCAGCCGGUCUUGGAGGAAUGAAGCACAACAGUGUUCUCAUGGCUUGGCCGGGAAACUGGAAACAGUCGAACGACCCGCAGUCCUGGAAAAGCUUCAUAGAAACCAUUCGAGAGACCACCGCGGCCCAUCAGGCUCUGCUGGUAGCAAAGAAUGUGGACAGUUUCCCUCAUCAAGAGCGUCUUACUGAAGGAACGAUUGAUGUGUGGUGGAUUGUUCAUGAUGGUGGGAUGUUGAUGCUGCUGCCGUUCUUAUUGCGACAGCACAAGGUGUGGAGGAAAUGCAAGAUGCGCAUUUUCACCGUUGCUCAGAUGGACGACAACAGUAUCCAGAUGAAGAAGGACCUGCAGAUGUUCCUUUAUCACCUGCGUUUGAAUGCUGAGGUGGAGGUCGUGGAGAUGCAUGACAGUGACAUCUCUGCGUUCACGUAUGAGAAGACGCUGGUGAUGGAGCAGCGCUCACAGAUGCUCAAACAGAUGCAGCUCUCGCGGACGGAGAGGGAAAGAGAGAUUCAAAGCAUCACCGACGAAUCGCGUAGCUCCAUUCGGAGGAAGCACCAGAGCGGGGCGCACAGCUCGGGCGUCAAUAACCAGAGCUCCCAACUAGAUGACGUUAAUCAAGAUGAGGCCCAGCUGAUCCACGACAGAAAUACGGCUUCUCACGCCACGCUAAACGACAAGGCCGAUGCGACGCCAUCGCGAGUCCACAUGACCUGGACCAAAGAGAAGUUCUUCACUGAACGCAAUCGUAACCGGGAGCCCUUUGCAAACAUGGCCAUACGGGACCUUUUCAACAUGAAACCAGAAUGGGAGAGUCUAAACCAGUCUAAUGUGCGUUGCAUGCACACGGCUGUGAAACUGAAUGAAGUGGUGGUCAACAAGUCGCAGGGGGCGCACCUCGUCCUCCUCAAUAUGCCUGGACCUCCGAGGAACCGGGGUGGCGAUGAAAACUACAUGGAGUUUCUAGAGGUUAUGAUGGAGGGCCUCAAUCGGGUCUUGUUAGUGCGCGGAGGUGGCCGUGAGGUCAUCACCAUAUAUUCAUAAAAUCGAGUGUGGCCCAACGCCCCACCGGCAAGAAAUUUGGUUGUUUUUUCACAGCAUAGCUGGGUGUCGUUGGAAAACCUAGUGGUCAGGUUUUUAUUGUGGGAUUACACCUGGCUGUGACGUUUUUGGCCUCGUGAAGAAAGCUCGCAUGAAGCACCAAUGAGAACUGAGAUUGAACAGACGAGCUGCUAGAAGACCACUGGCUCGAUUUAUAACGCAGACACUUUAAUUUAUGCUCACUGACUCUUUUAUUGUUUUAUUGUUCAUACAAUCUAUGCUAGGUUUUUAUGUCUGUUUGUUGUCUAACAUCUGCCUGUGGCAGUGUGCAUACAAACAUAAUCUGUUGUUGCUUUUUGUUUAGUUGGUUUUCGCAUCAUUUUGGUUUUACGAAGGCAUGUACAAUCCGACGUCAGUGUUUUUAGUGUGCGGAACAAUUUGCAGCACACAAUGUUUUAAUAGAUGCUUUCAAGUUUUUAAAACUCACACGUUUGAACGUUGCUUACAAAGCUAAUGCUUAAUAUCGAUUCAUCCGUAAACCGUCCAUCCACACGUCUCCAUUGUGACCCUGCGAUGUUUGUUUUUAUGCGUACGUUAGCCAACGUUGAAACCCAAACUAAUAUCCACCCUCAACGAGUCGCAAAUGCGCUUUUUCCCGCCAUAUAACCAAUCCAUAUCCGAGAUGCGAAAAGACGUGGUUCUUAUUCCGACAUCAAAGGAACGUUUGAGUUAGUCGCGCUUUUUCAAAUUUGCUCGUCAUUGGAAGCGGCUCAGCGUGCGGAUGUUGGUUGUGGUCAAAAUUGUCACGUUACUGAAUAGACGUUAUUAUAUGGUAUGUGCAAUAACUUUCGUUUAUCAUUAAGGCAUCUCUCGGCCUAACAUAACAUCAAGUUACCAAGGGUUUUUGUAUUAUAAUAGUUGAAUCGAAUAUUGACAACGUUUAAGGAUAAUAGCCAUAACAUUCGUCAGGCACUGGCACCAUUUUACGUUGCAAAUGUUUUGCUCCAACUUGGCAUAAACCACUGAAAUCAGCUACUUACUGUACCGGUAGGUUGAUUUCAGCUGUAUUUGCACUUUUGUCUGAAAAUUGUAUCAUGAAAGCAAAGCACAAAGCUAACAUGUCUACCAAUACUCUGGUUUGAUGUUUGGAAACCAGCACUUAACAUCGCACUUUCUAACCAAUAAAUGUGUUUUUCCUCAUAAACGGGAACUAAAUUCAGUGUCUGUAUUGAGGUGCAUAUGAUAUGCGAUGACAUCUGGUGGCGUCAAACGAGAACAACCCUUCGUGAAGUUGUUGGGUUGCCCAAUACUUGAGCGUUGACAAUCCUGAGGGCCUUGGUGCAACUAACUAUCAUUACUACUAGAGAAAUAUGUAAAUGUCACUCUGUAAUCUUUAGACACUAUAUACACUCUGCAAUCUUUCAGCAUGGAAUCAUGUUUGUAGACAUUGCUUAUAGGAAAUAUUGUAUUUAAAAUGAAAUGCGUCACGUAAAUUUUCUUACACUGCAUGCAUUUUAACCAGGCACAACGUGAUAAAGCAAAGCGUGUUAAAAACGUCUUCCACGUUAAAGAGUUUUCACACUGAAAAAGUAGUCGUAAAUCAACGAGCAGUGUUGUGUAAAUUACCCAGAAAUUACUGAUUACUUCUUUAAAAUUGUAAUCAGAUUACACUACUCAUCACUUAGUGGAAAGUAACCACAUUAAUAAUUACUUUAAAGUUACUUUCUAACAACUUUUCACAGAAAAGUUUGUUUUUCACCUCAACUAAUUCAAAAUAAUGUAUUUUUUCCUCCUCGUUCGUAGAAACGCGAACAGACAUACGAAUGAACGUAAUCCAUGUUUUAAAUGUAAUAAAUAUUAUUUUAGAAGUAUGUGUAACUGAAGUAAUAUACUUAAAAGUAACUAUCUGUAAUCUGAUUACACUAAUAUUUUUAUUUUAUUUAUUACACUACUUUUGACUGAAAAGUAACUGGAUUACAGUAACUACUGUAUAUAGUACUUUGUAAUCAGAUUACACUACUCAUCAUUUAAUGAAAGUAACCACAUUACUAAUUACAUUAAAGUUACUUUCUAACAACUUUUCGCAGAAAAGUUUGUUUUUCACCUCAACUAAUUCAAAAUAAUGUAUUUUUUCUCCUCGUUCGUAGAAACGCAAACAGACGUAUGAAUGAAUGUAAUCCAUGUUUUAAAUGUAAUCAUAAAUAUUAUUUUAGUAGCCCAAGUAAUGUACUUAAAAGUAACUAUCUGUAAUCUGAUUACACUAAUAUUUUUAAUUUAUUACACUACUUUUGACUGAAAAGUAAUUGGAAUACAGUAACUACUGUAUAUAGUACUUUGUAAUCAGAUUACACUACUCAUCAAUUAAUGGAAAGUAGCUAGAUUACUAAUUAAUUUAAAGUUACUUUCUGACAAGUUUUUCACCCAAAAUAAUUAAAAUAAUGUAUUUUUUCCUCGUUCGUAGAAACGCAAACUGGCGUACGAAUGAACGUAAUCCAUGUUUUAAAUGCAAUCGUAAAUAUUAUUUUUAAUAAUAUAAACAUUAUUACUUUGUGUAACUGAAGUAAUGUACUUAAAAGUAACUGUAAUCUGAUUACACUAAUUUAAAAUGUAAUUUAUUACACUACUUUUUGACUGAAAAUAGUUGGAUUACAGUUUACUUUGUAAUCAGAUUACACCCAAAACUGCCAAAUUGGCGAUUUCUGGCGACAUGAGCAUCUGUUGACGAUGCAAUAGUUCAACUUUAUGCAACGUCGAGCGACAAGACCAAAAUCCUACAUUUCGCUCCAAAUAUCUGUAUAUUAAACAGCAGAUUCGCUCAGAUUGACUGACUUUUUUGCAUUUUCGCUUUCAAUGUGGACAGACAAAUUACGCAAAGUCGCGCCGUGCCUGGUUAGAACACAGUGUACAUUAUUUAACAUGUACAUUAUGUAGAUUUAAAGUCCUCUUAAUCUGAUCAUUCAGAAUUAUAGGAAGAUGUGUGCCAAAAAUACAGGGAAAGAAACUGCAUAAGUUCAUACACCAUCAAUAUGUUUGUUGUCUGUUGUAAUACAAAUGUCACACUAGAAUCUUCCUACGUGGGCCAAUAAAAGCAAUAUAUAUGGUAUUGUAAUAAUGGCCAUUAGAAUGGCUCCAACUGGCUGAUAUUUCAUUGUGCAACAACUGUGCAAUAUGGAGAAGUCUUAAGAAUGCAAUAACAUCUCACGUUACCUAAAAACCAGAGCCCACCUCAGUGGAUUUACUUUAACAGUUUCUUUGAAACCCCCGUUAGCGGUGCAGUAUUUUGUUACCAGAACAAUGUAUUUUUUCUACAUUGUGUUGUCAUAGAGAAGACUGUUGUUAUUGAUAUGGUUACUUUAGCUCAUCUUAUUUUCUGUUGUUUCGGUCAUCACUGCACUGUGUUGAAUGUUGUGUUUCCCUUUAGAAGAUGUGGUGAACUUUAGGAAAAGUUGGGGAUAUUGUGUCUAUUUGUUUUUUAUUUUUUGUUAUGUGUUCAUUUUUAUGUGGUCCUUUCUUUUUCUCACUGAACAUGUUAGGGAUGCACCGACAUUUCGGCUGCCGAAAACUUUUGGUCGAAAAUGCUGUUUUCGGUUUUCAGCCGAAAGAGAAAAAAAGCCUAAAAUAGUUACUUUAAAAUCAAGUAUCAGAGACACUGACAUGAAGAAAAUGCAGCAUUUUAUGCCAAAAAUUUAAACAGCAGCUAAUGUUUAAAUAUAUAUUUAAUUCUACAUUUAAUUUAUGUAUAUAUAUAUAUAUGUUUUUCUGUGUGUAUUCAGAGGCCGUUUAGCUUGAGCUACCAUCACAUAUCAUGGUAAAAUAUCCCCACCUACUGUUUGAGCCGCACUAUAUUAGCGGGGUCAAACACAAGUCCAAUACAACACGCCGCAUAAAUGGGCAAUUUUGCACUUUUCGUCUGGAACUGGAUCAGUGAGUGACACUGUUUCCCCACUCACAAAAAUAUUGAUAAUAUGGAUGAUGGACAGAUUACAGGAAAAACUUUGUCUUGUAUUCAUAAGUUGGCUGCUUUUAUUAGCAUAUAUUUGCAUAUAUUUGCAUAUGUUAGGCACAAGUCAGUUUAUAUAUAUAUGGUAAAUGGUCAGGACUUAUAUAGCACCUUUUUAACCUUAGUGGUUAUCAAAGUGCUUUACACUGUGACUCAUUCACCCAUACACACACUCUCGUACUCACACACAAAUGACGGUAGAGCUAGCCUAGACGCUAGCCUGCCAUUGGGAGCAACUUGGGGUUCAGUGUCUUGCCCAAGGACACUUCGGCAUGUGGAGUCGUGUGGGCCGGGAAUCAAACCACCAACCCUGUGAUUAGUGGCCGACCCGCUCUACCACCUGAGCUACAGCCGCCCACAAUAUAUACUGUAUAUAUUAGUAUAUACAUAUAAGAUAUAUAUAUAUAUAUAUAUAUAUAUAUAUAUAUAUAUAUAUAUAUAUAUAUAUAUAUAUUCUGAACAUAAAGCGGUUUCAUUUUUCAACCCAGUGUCUCAAGAUGUUUCGGUUUUGGCCAAAAAUGUUCAUUUCGGUGCAUCACUAGAACAUGUAAUUCAUUCAAUAGUUUUCAGGCUGAGGUCUUUGUAAAUUGGGGACUGAGCGAGCUUUUUAAUCAAAAGGACCUGUAAAGGUUUUGGGAACUGAUUCAACAAAAACAUGCUGUGCAGCUUUUUAUUCUUUUGGACAUUUUUACUCACUAAAGAUACAAUAAGAUCUUUUUGUAAUCUGUGGUUAAACGAGUUGUUUAGAUUCAAAUGUAAAUAUCAGAAUAAAACGAGCUGGAAAGCAGAUGAUGAUGAUGAUGAUGAUGAUGAUGAUGAUGAUGAUGAUGACGACUAUGCCAGUUCCUUGUGUUGUGUGUUCAGCCUGAUCUCAUGAAAAUUACGUGACUGUGGCGACAUUGCAAAUGAUAUUACGUGGUUUAUUAAACGUAUAGCGGCAGAUCCGAGGUGAAAUGUCCACUGUGUGGUGCUAAAAGUGAGUUAAAUGUUCUCCUAAACAGAUGAGGUUUUUAAGGUUAAUCGAGUUUUAAAUCAACAAAACCGACUUCCUUAAACCUAACCGAUAGGGUCAGAAAAAGCAAAUGGAACCACGUCAUUUUGGGUUGCUUCUAUGACACUUUCAGCUCAUGUGUCGACUCGUGUGCUCUUCGGGACUCGUACCCCUUAACACUCCAUCAGUUGAGCAACUGCGCAUCUGAUCGCACUCGAACAAGCUUGUAAAUGUAGUUGAUUAUGUGAUGCAAACAUUAAAAUGUGUCAUGCACAAUAGUAAAAGUGUUUAGAUGUCAUAAGAUAACAUUGUGUGAGGAACAGGAUGAAAAGUAAGUGUUUAUUAACUGAUAAUCUGCAGAUCAUGAUUUGUGUGAAAGGGAAUAAAAAUCGUUGUUGUUGUAGCGCCUCAAGUGUAAAAUUCACCAGGAAACUGACGCAAUACAACGAGCCACGUAAAAUCGUUUCGGGAAAAAAAACAAUUGUAUAGUGACCUAUGAGACUAGCAACGUUUAAUAAUAUUCGAGCCCACACGGAAUCUGCGCACACAAAACUCAUUGUCAUAUAAUUGUUAUACUUGUAAUGCACAAAGUUCUAUGCAUAUUUAAUUUUGGCUCCAUUCAUUGCACCAUCUUCCAAGCUUCAAUGGAAGCAAAUCAAUAUUUCCUUUUACAAAGGAGUUAACAUGGUCAAUGUUACAAAUAUAUUUAUUUAAUUAGCGACCUACAAAUAGUGCAGAAUCUUCGAUAGAUUUCCCCCAUUUUACAUCAUAACAUUUCUUCGUUUUAAAUUGUUCAAUAUUGUAAAACUUUGUUUCAGACUUUUUGACCCCACUGCAGUGUUGGGUGUAAUCUGAUUACAAAGUAGUUAUUGUAAUCUGAUUAGUUUUUGGGUUAAAAUGUCGUUCAACACAUUACAAUUGAAAGUUUUGUAAUCCAAUCGCAUUUACUGACUUUAAGGUUACUUUUAAGUACUUUACUUGGGUUACAUGUAUUUCUAAAAUAAUGUUUACAUACAUUUAAAAGAUGGAUAAUGUUCAUAUGUACAUUUGUUAAUAUCGUUAAAAUAGAAAUAUAGUUUCCGUUGAACAAGGAGGAAAUAUAAACAUUAUUUUGAGCUAAAGGAAUUGAUUUAGAAAGUAACUUAAAAGUAAUGCAAUAAGUAAUGCGAUUCGUAUUCCCAUGAUGUAAUCAGUAAAUUCUCCGAUUAAGGUUUUUAGAAAAGUAGUUUGUAAUUUGUAGUGGAUUACUAUUUCAAGUAAUGUAGUGUAAUAUUUCAUUACAAUAUUUUGCCUAAUUUGAUUGUGUUCUGUAUCAACCCGAUCUCAUGAAAAGUCGAGUUGGUUAUUUUGAUUUUGUUCGCAUAAACUCGUACAACUUCAUCACGUGGAAAUUCCCGGAUGUCUAAGCGCGAGUUUCGCGCAUGAGGCGUUAAGGACAGCCCUUAUCUAAACUUAACCCACCAGUAGAGCGUGUAAACAUGAUAUCAAGCUGUUGUGUGUGACAGAAGCAAGUCAUUGUCGCGUAUUAGAUGGAAACAAUGUCCAGCGACGUCAUUGGCUGUAGGGAAAGUCGUGGGGAUUAAAACGAGAGCAGUCGCGCGACAUCAUACGAUUUAGCCAAAUUUAGAAAAGUCGAUUUCGGCCGUGAGAGCGUGCAGAAUUCGCCAUUUUUACCGUCUGGGUCUGAUCAUAGGUCACACAAUGUCAUCUACCUCACACUGGCUGUUGUGAUGGGUUUUACUCACGUGCAGUGUUAAACGUCAUCGGCCGUUUCAAAAUAGCAUCUGUUUAAAAGACCACAGGUGUGUGUGUGUGUGUGUGUGUGUGUGUGUGUGUGUGUGUGUGUGUGUGUGUGUGUGUGUGUGUGUGUGUGUGUGUGUGUGUGUGUGUGUGUGUGUGUCUCAGUCUCAGUAUAUUGUGAGUGUCUGUCUGCGUGAAAGCGUCUUCACCCAUUGGCUGCUCUCAGACCGGGUUCCUCUGCUCUGAUGUUUGUUAAAGAGGUAAAACUGAUCUAGAAUCUGCCCUAUCAGAAGUACCUGUGGAAAUAUCCAAACCAAGUUCAUCUGUUCUGAUCCGUAACUGGCAUCCCAGACUGUGGUAGGCUGUUACUAGUGGGUGCAUGUAGUGAAAGGUCUCCCUUCAAGAUAAAUGUGUGCCUCUGAGUAAUUUAAAUAAAAGUGCUACUCGAUGUCAGAGCCUUUGAGUCUUUAUUGGUCUGUUGGUUAAUUCUACUUUCCUUAAGCAAUGAGAACUUCUUUGGUAAUGAUGCUGCAUAUAGAUUACAGUGUGACAUCAUUAUUAAAGAUAUAGACACUAGGUCAUGCCAAGGACCUUUAAGCCAAAUAAAAUGUAUUAAUUAUCUGUAAUAUAUUAUCUCCAUGAAUGUUUGUUUUGCAUAAAAUGUAGUGUAUCUUUUUACAUCUUAUUUUUGCUAUUAAUGUUUAGUUAAAAUCUGAACAGAAAGAGUCGAUUUAAUUAAAUGUAUUUGUAUAAUAAAUAUUGUUCAGCCGCUUUGAUGAGAAUAUGAUCUUACAAGUAAU